AUGGCUAAUGGUGGUGUCGUGGAAAUGAUGCAAUACGGGGGCUACGUUUUGGCUCUGGCGGCGCAAAGAAACGAAGUUCCUGCGCUGGCGACUGUGAAGGAGCAGGACUCUCGGCUGGAGCCGCCCAGGCUGCCACUGGCCACACGCGGGUCGCGAAUCAUCGAUCGGCUCGGAUACUUGGUGCGGCUUCGCUGCGUGAAUUGGUACGGGGCGCACAUGCAUGAACUGGUGGUAGGUGGAUUACACAAGCAGCCGCUUUCUUCCCUGGUUCGCUCGAUCCAUGUGCUCGGCUUCAACUGCGUGCGCUUGCCCUACUCGCUGGAGAUGCAUCUCCGACGCCCAGAUGCCAGGCCGCGAGAUGCGGCCCUCCUCGCCAAUCCGGAACUGCAGAACAUGACUGCGCUGGCAAUUUUCGAUGCCACGGUGAAAGCACUGGUGGACGCCCGCAUCAUGGUGGUGCUGAACAACCACCAGGGGAAGGCCAUGUGGUGCUGCAGCGAGGAUGACGGGGAGGGACUGUGGUACAGCCAGGAGUAUUCGGAGGAAGAUUGGUUGCAGUCACUUCGCCUGCUGGCAAGGCGCUACAGGGAGGAGCCUUACGUCGUGGGCUUCGACCUCCGCAAUGAGCUGCGUGGAAUUCCUGCACCCGUCGCCUGGAGCCUGGGCCUCUACCCACAAGGCUAUCGAUUUUGGCCGCAGUGGGGCCUUUCGGGCGGCGGUAAAGGCGACUGGGGCGACGCGGCUCUGCGCGCAGGUGCAGCUGUUCUACAGGAGAAGUCGGAUGCUUUGAUUGUGGUCGAGGGCCUUGACUUCUCCACGGACCUGCGCGGGGUUCGCCAGAGACCGCUGCACCGUGAGCCGCUGCUGCGUGGCCGUGUGGUCUAUGAGGCCCACGACUACUGCUGGUAUCACGUUAACUUCUUUCGAGCCUGGCUGCUCUAUUGGCUUUCCUUGGGCUGGGCGGCAGAGGUCUUCUGGAUUGCCAAAGUAACGGCAGAGCCCCUGGAGUUGGUAGCAAAGCUCCGUCGCGUUGCGCUGGCGGCUGGGCAUGGAGGCCCACCUGAGCUGCGCUGUGGCCUCCGCCUGAUGUGUGGCACCGAGGUGCAGCAAGUGGGUCGUGAUCGCCUCCUGGCAUUCCCCGCACGUCCGGCCUGGCGGCGCUAUCUAAGAAGCGAUGGCGAGUUCUCGGAUUUCAUCGGCCCUUACGAGAUCAAGCGUUUCGAGCCGUCGGACAUCUGGUUGAUCGGUGCCUACGAGCCCAUCGCAUUGGAGGGCUCUGUGCAGAUCAGCUCUGGCUACAUCAGCGCGAGACGGCUGCCCUUGCCCCUGCCGGAAGGUCACUCCAUCCACGCCUUCAAGCUGGAGAACGGCUGCGCAACCGUGCUGAUGGCUCGGGGGUUGUCGGGUGAAGCCAUGGAGGGUCUGAAGGAUGGGAGGCUUCAGAAAUUCCGCCUUUAUGGGCUGGAGGAGGAGGAUCUCAGAGCGGUCCGCUUUCAGGCAGAAGGUGAUCCUGUUCCCUUCAAGUUUAAGUUCCCGGCCGUGUUCCAGGGGCAUGAUCCCCGUGGCGAGGGUUAUUAUCCGGUUUUGGACAACUUCGAUUGGAAGGAGGGGGACCAGUCCGAGGGCGCCAGGGGGAAACGCUUGGAGCGGGGCCCCUCACUACCGGAUGGGAUCAUUGGCCGCAACCUCUGCGGCCGGCUGCUCGCUCGUGAUUGCGUCCAACAAGAUGGUCUAAAUAUUGAGCGAGGAUACAAUUUCGAAGUUUCGGAAGUGCAAGAAGGAGGGGCGCUUCAGCGGCUGGCCACAUGGAAAGUCGUAGGCCACAUCAUCCACCAAUGCCAGGCUCUGGGAGACCGGCUCUUGCUGAUGGCUGGAGAACGCAGUGGUGAGGAUGCGUUCUAUGAGAGCAUGCAGCUCGUCGAGUGGCCUACACAGAGCAAGGUGCGAGAAGUUCCUCUGAAGUUUGAGCCGAGCUACAUCGAAUCCGAGUGGCCGCGCGGGAUCCUGUCCGGGAGCACACAGACCUUCUUUACGUGCCACGAGAAGAACGCGUUCAGUGAAUGGGUCUUCGUCUUCGCGACUCCGGAGACGUAG